ACGGAAGAGAUGGGAGAGAAGAACCCAAUGCCAUUGCCAUUGCCCAAGCAAGCACAUCACGGAGCGGAGGUUAGGAGAAGAACCACGCGAGAGAAGCCGGCAGCGAACAAGGGGGAAAGGGAAAAAUCUCUCGAAUAAAUGGCACGAUCCUUCUCUCGGACUGCGGUCUGAACUCUGGGUAUGGUUCAUCCUAGGUUCCUUGUUGCUUGUUCAGGCUCCAAACUGUGCUUCAUCGCCAAUUGUUCCAGCAACUACAGGAGCAUGAUUGGUGGUGGGACGAUGGCAUCUUGGCUGCUGAUGGAUUCGGAUCAGAAACCUCAAUGCAGCUGAAACCUUUGCGCUUAGUCGAGUUAAUUGUUUUAGGAAAAGUGCUACGGUGUUGGAGAUAGAUAGUAAUAGCUUAAGGGGGGUCAUCGGAAGAUCCGAGUAAGCAGAUUUUGGAAGCAAGAUCAAGUUUCUCAUUUUUUCCUUUUGUUGAACCGACAUCGGGAUGGGUUUGCCUCAAGUUCCUGCUGUCAAGGAGGAGGAACCUCCUAGGCUGAGUACUUGUGUAGUUAGUCCUCCUUGUUUUGGUGGUAGUGCCACUGGUGAUUUGGGCAAGCUUCCUACAGGAGGCUCAAGUAGCAGGGCAUUUCAAUACCCUUCCAUCAGUGAUCUCAAGAGAAAAGCCGCAUUAGAUUCUUUGAAUGGCUUUGGUGUGAAUGGGCCUGCAGGCUUCCAAUGCCUAAAACCUGACUCAAGGGAUCCAGGUUCAAGAUCAUGCCCUAAACUGGGACCUUCUGUUCAGAUGCCUGCAGUGAGGGUUAUUGGAUUUGAAUCAGGUUUUGCUGGUUCCACCAGAGAUUCUGAUAUGAUGGUAGCGGACAAAAUGAAUUCAUCUUUAGUCAUUGAUACUUUUCAUUCAUCCACUGAACAGCAUGUGCCUCAGGCAAGGAAAAGGGUGUUAUCGCCUUUAACUAAUGUGCUUCCUGGACGGUUCCAUGGUGAUGCGCUAAAUAUUGGUUCUGCUGACACCAAAAUACAGCAUUCUGAUUGUGUUAGGCGACUUUGUGCUUCUGGAUUUCAAGAUUCUAAAAAAGCCCAUACUGCAGCUCUUGAUUCUUGUGAGUCACCUACUUGGCCAGCCUUAAGAUGUUCCAAUUGGAGCAAAGGACAGGUUGUUGAUAAGCUUAGCAGUAAGGUAUUCACCGAUGGUCCUUUAGUUGAGGGCAGGGAGUUGUAUUGUUAUUCAGAUCACCUAGAGGCUGAAAGAAUUAUGAAUCUUGAAAAGGUUGCUGUACCACUAGCAAAAAUGGCACAUUCCCCUCCACUCACUUUGUCUCCUCUUGGCCCAAAAUGGAUGCAGAGAGUGAAGAAUUCAGGAGCUCACAAGAAUCUAGUGAGAGAAAUUGAAAAUGAUUUUCUGGGUUUGAAGGAAACAGAAAGAUCGAUAGGUGAAGAACACAGUGAUAGGAUUAGGGUUAGAGAAGCAGGAAAAACGACUAUCUUACAUGUUAACUUUGAUGCGGUGUUCCCCAAGAGGUGUUCAGGUGGAAGAUUCCAGAACUGGGCCUCAGAAUCUGCCCCUGUAUCUCCAAGCGUUGGAUGUCUUCGGGGUUUAAGCCUCUUUCCUGUAAGAAGGUCACUGGUUGGCUCCUUCGAGGAGUCCCUUUUAUCUGGUCGAUAUUCGUGUGGAAAAGAUACACAGAAUAUUGAUGGUUUUCUGGCUGUCCUGAAUGUGACUGGCGGCAACUUCUCUCCCCCAUCUCAGAAGCUUCCAUUUGCAGUAACAAGCAUUGAUGAGGAUAGCUCUCUACUGUACUACUCAUCGAUUAAUCUUGCUGGGAGGUUACCUACUAACAGCAAUAGCAAAAGCCCAAAACUCAAGAGAAGCUCCAAUAGUAAUGAUUCACGAUCAGCGAAAAGUCGCUUACACAUCCCAGUUAAAGGGCGCAUACAACUGGUGGUCAGCAACCCAGAGAAGACACCGUUGCACACCUUUUUCUGCAACUAUGAUUUGAGUGGUAUGCCUGCUGGAACCAAGACUUUCGUGCGGCAAAAGGUCACUAUGUCAUCUGUUCCUCCUUCUAGUUCAAUGAAAGAAGGAAGUGAUGCAAGUCACACAAAGGUCGAGUCAGUCCGAUAUGGAAGUGAACUUAGAGAAUGCGGCACUCUAUUUUCUGAAUGCUGUGAACAGGGGCAGAACUGCUACUCGACUGAUGAAUCAGAAAAGGAAGGUUACACAAACAAAAUAUGUUGCUCAAUGGACUGUGACAAUAGUGAAUCAAAUCAAUCCAGUCCUACUGAGAAGUCAGAAAAUAGCACAAAUGCUAAUGGUUGCUGCUGUCAAGUAGACACACUUCGCUCAGGUGAAAAGAAGUCUUGCUGCAGUCCUUCCAAGGUGAAUAAUUGUUCUGCUGGAGGCGUUCUUCGCUAUGCUUUGCACCUGCGCUUUCUGUGCCCCUCCAAGAAAUCAUCAAGAUCGAUGCAGCGGAGCAAACCUGGCCUGUCAUCAGAACCACUCAAUCGGAGUACCACAAUCGACGAAGAGAGACGAUUUUAUCUCUACAAUGAUAUUAGAGUUGUCUUCCCUCAAAGGCACUCAGAUUCAGAUGAAGGCGAGCUGCGGGUCGAGCAUGAUUUCCCUGCUGACCCCAAGUACUUCGACAUAAGCAACUGAUAUGGGCACACCUAACAUGAAAUAUGUACAUAUUCCUGCCCUCACUAACUUUUCAGUUAGUCUCUUGUGUUUAUUACUAUUUCCCCACAUGUACAGAACUAAGUGCAAUAUAAUAUCUCAUUUUGUCCAA